UUACUGGAGAUUCUGCUGAAUUUAUUAAACGAUAUUCUUGUACCACUCAAAGACAAAAUUCACCAUCCGGUGGAUAUGGUCUUGGACCAUAUGAAUGAGCUCCACCAUAUGAUUAGCAAAUUAGAUUAUGCCAGGAAAUAUAUAUUAAAUAAGGUGAAUGUUCAGGAGGUUCAAAUUCGUGAGCUGCAUUCCAGACUAGUAGCUCUUCGGGACUUGGCACUAUCUGGAGAGGCCUCGGAUCAUGUUAGAUACAAAAAGGAUGGUAUAUCUGAAGAAUUCUAGGGAACUCCCUACCCAGAUGACCUGAGUAUUAUUAUUGCGGCGUUACGGGAUCUGAACUGCGCCCAAUCUCUCGAUGAACAUCAAGAAGAUAUAGAGGCUAAUACCCGUAUUCAUAGUCCUUCCUUAUUUUAAGGACGGAGGAAGCCUCCAUGAAGGAUUCCUUGAAUCUGCAAGGCUACAUUGUUUCAUAGAUGUACCUCGAGUCUCCCUUUCAGAAGAAAGGAAUAUUUUAGGGAUUUUUAGUGACCGACUGGAGGCAGCACCGUUUUAUGCUGCCUGCAACUAAUUUCAUAUAAUACAUAUGAAAACUUUUUCGUAUCGUUAAUCGUGAAGCAUUGUUGAAUAUUUUUGAUAAAUUAAAUCUUAAUCAAGUAUUGUGGAGUAAUGGAUAAAGAUAAAAAUGUUCAUUAUACGGAGCAAGAGCGAAUGCUCUUGGCGCAGCUGAUCUGGAAAGAAAAAGUUAUCGAAAAUAAGAAAACCGGUGCAACAGAUCUAAAAGAUAAGGCGGAUGCAUGGGAAAGAAUUACAAAAAAGUAUGAUAGCGAAGGUUGUAUGCCUCGCUCCACUAAGCAACUGAAGAAAUGCUGGGACAAUAUGAAGCAAAAGAAACGAAAAUUAACCACGACGAUUCGACACGAGCGGCUUAUGACAGGUGGAGGUCCUGCUGCAGUACAGCCAAAUGACCCAGUGAUGGAGUUCAUGGAUGCAACAAAUGAAAACUUAGAUGUGGAAAUUGAUUGUGCUUUUGACAGCACUGCAGUAUUUGAAAAAGAAUAUAACGUAAAAAUGGAUCAUCGUACAUCAUCUACAAAAAGAAAAUUCAUUAUUGACGAUAAAGAUGAGAAGGAAGAGGAAGAUAUCAAUGAUGAAGUUUAUAUAUAUGAUUAGAGCAUUCCUCAUUGUAGUAGCAUACCAUUAGGAAAAAGAACCAGCACUUCAAAUAUAAAAAACAUACAGGUAAUGUAAAAGCUUAUGAAUUAGGUUAAUAUUAAUUAUUAAUAUUAUUUAAUAUGAGUUAGAAUUCAUUGUCAUUUUAAUAAUAUUGUCAUUUUAAUAACAUUGCUGUAAAGAUAGAUCGUACAUUUACAAGGAGAAAAUUCAUCAUUGAAAAUAAAGAUGAGAAAGAAGAGGAAGAUAUCAAUGAUGAAGCUUAUAUAUGUGAUCAGAGCAUUCCUCAUCGUAGCAUACCAUUAGAAAAAAGAACCACUUCAAAUAUGAAAAACAUACAGAUAAUCAAAAAGCUUAUGAAUUAGGUUAAUAUUAAUUAUUAAUAUUACUUAAUAUGAAUUAGAAUUCUUUGUCAUUUUAAUAACAUUGCUGUAAUAAAACAAAUAUAAAAAAAAUAAUACUAAUAGUAAAGUAAUUGAUUUUCAGAACAUCCGUGAUGAAAAGGAUA